AUGAAGUCGUUAGGACCGUGGCUGCUACUGUUAGUGGUUCUGGUAGUUCUUGCUACUGAAGCAGAUGCCGGGCGGAAUAAGAGCACGAGAAAGACCAGAGUCAAAAUCAAGGUCAAGUACACAUCCAAGCAGAAAACACGUAGAGGGCGUUCUAUAGAGGACACAUUGACACUGCCUUGUGACAUCAGCGAGUUCGACAGUGAUCAGGAUGGAAGCAUCAGCGAAACAGAGUGGCAAAAUCACUUCUCAGAGUUCAAUCCUAUACUAAACUCCUCAGAAUAUGUGGAUUAUAUCAUUCAACAAAUCGAUGCAAAUGGAGAUGGGAUUCUUCAAGUCUCUGAGUUUACCACGAAUACAGUAUACAAAAAGGAUUGCUAG